GUGUUGCUCUUACCAUAGCUUCCGCUAAACUUCCGGGUUUGGCGGCGUGAGCUUUGAGAUAGUUUAAAAGGUUCCUACAGUUGGCGGCGGUAUUUGACCAACACUCAACAUGUCCGCAGCAGGUUUAAAAUGUCCUGGCUGCGGUUCUUCAAACGUGGUGGAGGACGACUUGCACGCACAACGGCAGCUGGUUUGUGCGGACUGCGGCGCGGUGGCGUCGGAGGGACUUUUGACUCAUGAUACCUUCGAAGGCAGAGAUGUUAGCUACAGUUGGACAGCAGCCGUGGCCAAAAAGCCCUGUCUAAACCAGAUAAACGGCCAGCAGCGAGUCACCGCCAUCUGCCGAGCUCUCCGGGUCAGCAAGGAGAUCGAGGACCAAUCGAAGACGUACUUUAAGCAGGCCUACGAGCACCAGAGUUUCAUCUUCGUCAGCCUGCAGAAGAAGGAGAACCUGGCUGGCUGCUGCGUCCUGCUCAGCUGCAGGCAGCUCGACUGGCCCAUCACCAUGGGAACCAUCAGCUCCCUGCUAGAGGCGGACACGUUGAUGGUGGGGGCCGUUUACCAGGAAUUGAUGAAGAGUCUCAAGAUCCAGGCGCCGCUCGUCAACGUCACCGACUUAAUGGAGGCACAUUGUCAAGAAUAUAAAAUAACCCCCCACGACGUGCAUGAAGACCUAGCCGAGGACCACCGUGAUUUGAACAAACGAGCCCUGGCCUUAGUGGAAGUGGCCGCCGACUCCUUGAUCGUGACAGGACGCAAACCCGUCCCCUUAAUGAUGGCCACGGUCUUCCUGGCCUGGCAGUCCUUGAACCCCAACCGGCUUCGCCUCAAAACGACCCUGAAGAAGUUCUGCCUCCUCGCCAAGAUGAGGAAGCACAAGGCGGCCAUUACCAGAGUGGCCGAGAUAAAAGGGGCGCUCUGCAAACUGGGCAAGGAGAUCCCCUGGGUGACGGACGCGGUGACUCCGGAGAACGUCGUCAGGCACGUGGAGGACAUCGUCAAGAACAGGUCCGCUUUGUUGCGGAGCGCUUUGAGGACCCAUGAGGCGGCUUUGCAGCAGGACCGUGACGAGCCGACAGACGAGGAGAGCGAAGCUGCCCAGCGUCCACAAGCCAACUGGGGGAACAGGGUGCUGUUCGCACCCCCGUGCGUGACUCGCGCCAAGAAAAGGAAAGCGGAGCCGGAAAGUCUGAAAGAUGUGACGGGUGACGAGGACAUCUCCGAUGGGGAGAUCGAUUCCUACAUUCGCACCCCGCAGGAGGCCAGGGAGUUCGCUUUGUCACAGGCGGCGUUACUGACGCAGACCGAGACCAGCAAAUGAGAAUGUUGAAGACGUGGAUGGGCAGCCAGCAGGCGGCGAAGGCGAACACCAGGAGGGCCACCAGGCGGAAGAUCUUCCUCUUCCGGCUUUGCUGGGCGGCGGCCCUCUCCUGCGUCCUGUGACCGGGGGCCACGCACUUCUUCAGUUUGACGGUGAUGCACAAGUAGGACACGAAGACGGCGGACAGGGGCAGGACGUAGGUGACCAGCAGGGUGCUGUAGGC